AUGUCACUCAACGAGAUCCAGGGCCGACUUGCUCUUAUCACUGGUGCUUCGGGAGGGUACGUUCCCGGUCUUCAACGCACGGAAAGUACUGACGUUUGUUUAUUUAGUAUUGGCGCAGCGUGCGCAAAUCAACUUGCUCAACAUGGAGUCAAUCUUGCGUUGACAUACGCGACUAACUUGACCGCCAUGAACGCACUGGUGGCUGACCUGCAGAGCAAAUACGCCGACAAGGAGCUUCGCAUCUCAAUCCACAAAGUAGAUGUCGGAUCUGCCGAUAACAUCGAGACAAUGUUCCAAGAAAUCGACAAAGAGCACGGGCACCGACCCGACAUCCUGAUCUCGAACGCCGGUUACGGAAAACGGGUAUCAAACAUUUGGGAUUGCACACUCGAGGAAUUCGACUAUACACUCCAGGUCAACUUGCGCGCAUCUUUCAUCCUGGUCAAGGGUGUUGUAGAGCGUAUGAAGAGCCAGAACUGGGGUCGCAUUAUAUUCAUGUCCUCGAUUGCUGCUCAAGGCGGAGGUAUCAAUGGGUGCCACUACGCCGCUUCCAAGGGUGGAUUGACUGGAAUGAUGAAGAAUCUUUCUACUCGGCUUGCUGAGUUCAAUAUUAGUGUCAAUGAUGUGGCUCCUGCUAUGAUCGGUGAGACAGGCAUGAUCCCUAAUGCCGCAGCUAUCCCUGAAGUGGCGGCUGGUAUACCUAUCGGGCGUCUUGGAACGCCAGAGGAGACAGCCAAUGUUGUCACCAUGCUUGCCAAAACUGGAUAUAUGACUGGUCAGAGUCUUCUACUGGCAGGAGGGUUAAAAUGA